AUGAAGAUCGCUGUGAUCGGUGCUGGGUCAGCUGGUCUUGCUGCCCUACGGCAUUGCACUUCCGGUACAUAUGAAGUAGUAUGUUACGAAAAAACAGACCAAAUAGGUGGUACAUGGGUUUAUAGGGAAGAGACUGGUUUUGAUCGAUAUGGUUUACCAAUACACACUAGUAUAACGAAUCUUCCGAAGGAAGUGAUGGGAUAUCCUGAUUAUCUUGUUCCAGAUUCCCCCGACAGUUAUUUGACUCGUACGCAAAUACUUGAAUUUCUAAAUUCGUAUUGCGAUCGUUUCAAACUUCGCCAGUAUAUUCGGUUUUUACAUAAUGUUGAAUUAGUGGAGCCAUUGAAAGCUGACCGGAAGUGGACGAUUAAAGUAAGAGAUCUAAAAGAAGAUACUGUCUCAACAGAAUCUUUCGACGCAGUUAUGGUAUGCAAUGGUCAUUACUUCGAGCCUAGUAUACCAAAUUUAAAAGGUCAGGAAACUUUUCAAGGGCAACAAUUGCAUAGCCAUGAUUACAGGGUGCCGGAUAUUUUUACCGAUAAGAGUGUAGUUGUACUUGGCGCCGGACCUUCCGGAAUGGAUUUGGCUUUGGAAAUAUCAAGGAAAGCAAAGCGUGUAAUUUUAAGUCAUCAUUUGAAGGACCCUAUAGGCACUAUAUUUCCUGAAAAUGUUGUUCAGGGUAUAAAUAUAGCUUCCCCUUUUUGAGCGAACAAUGUGGAAUACGGGUAGAUUCCAAUAUGGUGACACCAUUAUGGAAGCAUCUAGUAUCGAUUAAAAAUCCCACCCUGGCCUUGGUCGGUCUUCCCUUCUAUGUUUGCGCUUUUAGCAUGUUCGACCUGCAGGUUCGUUUUCUCCUGCAAUAUUGGUCUGGCAAGAAAGACUUUCCUUCCAAAGCGAAUAUGUUAAAAGAAGAAGCAGAAGAAUUAGAAAAUCGCAAAAAAGAAGGUCUAGGGAAAAAGCAUUUCCACAUGAUGGGAUUUAAGCAGGGUCAUUAUUAUGAUGAUUUGGCAAAUACUGCAGGAAUAACACCACUGCCUCCGGUUCUUACAAAAUUGCAUAACGAAAGCAGCACGCGGUUCUUGGAUGAUCUGGUGCAUUAUCGAGAAAGUAGAUAUAAGAUCAUCGAUGAUUAUAAUUUCAUUCAACUUUGA